GUAAACAAUUUUGUUUGCUUCUUUGUUGCUCCCAAGCUCUAUUUGAAUUCAGAUAGUCCAUGUCAAAAAUUAAAAAAGAAGAUGAAGAUGAACCCGUCUCAGCUCAAGUGAAGUCGGAAGUAAAACAAGAGGAAGACGAACCUGUCUCAGCUAUAGAAGUAAUGUCUAAAGUGAAGGAAGAGAAAGAUGAGCCUAGCCCAGCUAAGCAGCCAAAGUUGGAAGUGAAACAAGAGGAUGGAUCUGACUCCGUCGAGCAAGCAAGGCUAUCACCGAUUGAGCUUGAUGGUGCUGGAGAUGGAUGUGAAGGAGGAAAUGAGCAAGAAAGCAGCGAACAGCAGUUGAGUGCGCAAAAGCGAGAAAUGCUGACAGACUUCAUGGCCAUCGCAAAUGCGGAGGAGUCAGCUGCACUGUCAAUUCUUGAGAGCACUAAUUGGGAUGUCAACAAAGCAAUCAAUUUCUAUUUUGGAAACGAAGAUAGUGCCAACGAAAACGAUGAAGAAGAUGUACAGGUCCUUUCAAGUACCGCGGGAAGUACAAAUCACCAAACUGGACCUAUUGAUCUUACGGGUUUGGAAAUUUCUUUGGUAUCUUGGAAUGUUGACGGUCUUGAUGGAAAUAGCUUAGCCACACGCAUGAAAGCUGUUUAUAAGAUAGUGAGCAACUUGAAUCCUGACUUCGUUUUUCUGCAAGAGGUUGUGCUCAGAGAACUUCCUACGAUUGAUCGCUUAACCAAGCUUUAUAACAUUUAUUAUUCUAACAUGGACUUUCCAUAUUUUACUGCAAUACUAGUCAGUAAAAGUUUCGAAGUUGAGAGUCAUGAUGUUAUUCAUUAUCAGAAUUCUGGUAUGGGAAGGACACUGCAGAUAAUCAAGGGCAGAAUAGGUGAACAGGAAGUUUACCUGCUAAAUACGCAUUUGGAAAGCAUGAAAGAUCACAGCAGAGCAAGGAAGGAGCAAUUCCAAAUAUGCAUGGAGAAGAUUCGUGACAUCAUAUCGUCUAAUCCAAACUGUUUACUCUUCUUUGGAGGGGAUUUGAACAUCAGAGAUGACGAGAUCUCAAACGUACCGCGUGGUCUGGCUGACGCAUGGCUUGCGUCCGGGGCCAACAAGCAAACGGAGUUUACCUGGGAUACGCGAAAAAACGACAACAAACAAUCCUUCGGUGCAAGAUGCAGGUUCGAUCGAAUAUUUUGGUACGGACCACUUACCCGGGUGAAGUUCUCCCUUGCUGGGCAGCAACGAAUCAGAAGCUGCCUUUGCUUCCCUUCUGAUCACUGGGCAGUUCACUGUGAAUUUAGUUGAUCUGAAGCGGUUUUCCUAUAUCUCGGUGUCAUUUCGAGUCGGGUUCGCAUUUGCCCAGAAUGUUUAUUGUGUAAAACUUUUGUAUCAUUUCUCCAUCUCUCUACCGUCAUAUACGCUCAGAGCAGGACAGAAAUUAUUAUAUUCUGGCACAUACUCAUUUAGAAAUCUCUUACCCAAUUAUAUGAUUAAUUGCAUGAUAGAUAAGCCUCUUAAUUACUCGGAGAACUUGUGUCAGCUUCGGUUUUCUAUUGAUCUCUGUCAAUGAUUAUAAUACUUUAUAGUUGCUUGCUUUAUGAUACUGUAAAAUUUACCUGGCUUGUAAUCAUUCUUUGGAUAAUAAAUGAAGUUCUCUUAGCUUUUUAC